UGGCCCAGAAUGGGAACUAUUGAGGCACAGUGAAUCAUCUGGACACACAACUUCAGGGACUGGUGGCCAUUUACACAAAGAAAGCACUAGAAGUUGAAGGGACCGCUUUAAGCAAAAAGCAGCUGUAAAAUGAUAGAUCUCCUCUUGUCGUGUGAGGAGGAACAAGCGCCAAACCCACCACAGAAGAACACAGGAGAAUCCAAACUCAGGGACAGGUACGAUGAAGAUGGUGAGCUGAUCUUUGUUGGAGUGGAACAUGUAAAAGAAGACGCUGAAAUUCUCUUUGUCAGAGUGAUUUCAAAUUCAAAACCAGUCAUUUCAAACAUUUUGAACAGAGUGACCCCAGAAUCCUAUUCAAAAAGAAAGAAAGGCCACGUGAAUCAAGAUCCUGCUUGUGCAUGGCAGCCUGCAAAUCACAUAACCCAUUCCUCAAAAGCAGUGGUCAUCUCGCCAGUUUUUCAAUCUGAAUGGAGAGCAAUAGAUAGUCCUAUUAUUUCUGAGCCUUCACCUAAAGCUGAUUAUAAAAUGAGCUCACCGCAAGUCAUGCCUCACAAUUCCUCCAAUUUGUUCUCCCCAUGGUCUCAGAGUCUAGUUGGAGCCGUACAUUCCGUAGGAGGCAAGGAUGAAAGUCCUCGUGAUUCAAAGCGACUUUCCACUUGUGAUAUAAACAACGGAAAUCCUAAGAGACCUAAACUCAGUGAUGGAAUCCCAGGGGGAUAUUACUCAACUGUGGCCCCUUCAGAUAUCUCUCCUACAAUGAGCAGGAGUUUACCCUCAGACGGUGUCCCAUCUUCACUAAGCCGUGUUCAGAACAGAGCAUCAUUUUCUUGGGCUUAUGCAAAUGACAAGGCACAUUUCCAUCUUAUGGAUCCAGACACAGCAAAUAGUGUGGAAAGGCUGGAAAAAACAGACUUUUUGAGUCUAGCAAGUCAAAAUGAGACUGUUGAUACCAAGAAAGGAAAUCUGAUCAUGUUACUUAAUGAUUUUUACUACGGACAGCAUGAAGGAGACGGGCAGCCAGAACAGAAGACGCACACAACUUUUAAAUGCCUCAGCUGCUUGAAAGUUCUAAAAAAUGUUAAGUUUAUGAAUCACUUGAGGAACCAUUUGGAACUUGAGAAGCAGAGGUGUGACAGCUGGGAAAUUCACACCACCUGCCAGCACUGCCAUCGGCAGUUUCCCACCCCAUUCCAGCUGCAAUGUCACAUUGAAAGUGUACACACUACCCAGGAGCCCUCUGCUGUCUGCAAAAUUUGUGAAUUGUCGUUUGAAACAGAUCAGGUUCUCUUACAGCACAUGAAGGACAAUCAUAAGCCUGGCGAAAUGCCCUAUGUGUGCCAGGUUUGCAAUUACAGAUCGUCGGCCUUUGCUGAUGUGGAAACACACUUCAGAACAUGCCACGAAAACACUAAGAAUUUGCUUUGUCUGUUUUGCCUCAAAAUUUUCAAAGCUGUGAUACCCUAUGGGAAUCAUUGUUGGAGGCACUGGAACAAGAGAAUCUUUCAGUGUUCCAAGUGCCGGCUACAGUUUUUGACUUCAAAGGAGAAAAUGGAGCACCAAACCAAGAAUCAUCAACCGUUUUAAAAUCCAGAGCAAUUGGAAGGGUUGCCUCCUGAAACAGUGGCUAUGAUUCAAAAUUUAGUUCAACCAGGAUCAAGAAGUGCAGCAUUCGUUAUUGUGAUCAACACUGACCCUCAACUGUCACGUGUAAAAACUAAAAAAGAGGAUGGCUGUCAACUCUUAAGUAUUCCAGAUGUCACUGCAGCUAAGGUUCUGGUGAAAAGUUAUGUUCUACCCACCUCUAGGAAUUCUGAAAGGCAGAAUUGAGGCUGGGCCAUCUUGGCUGUAGAUGAUAACAAGCAAUGUUAGCAAUUGUCAGAUUUUAUAGUGAGAGUUCUCCAGCUUCCUACUGUCAAGAAAUAGCUCAGAAGUCUUCAUGUUCUUUCCUAGUCAACCCAUCCCCCUACAGUAACCACUAUUCUGACCUCUACCAACAUAGAUUAGUUUUUAAAUAAACGGAACAACACAAUAGUG